AUGGCGCCAAAAGAAGAUAGGAAAGAUCCGGUUUGGGCUUACUCUGAAAGAGUUUGCGAGACGAACAAGAUGGCAAUUAGAUGUCUUUUUUGUGACAAGAUUUCAAAUGGAGGAAUCUAUCGUCAAAAAGCGCAUCUAAUCGGCGGUGAUCCAAAUGUCGCAUCUUGUUCUAAAGUUCCGUCGCAUGUGAAGGAAGAUUUGAAAGCAUUCCUUCAUAAAAAGAAAGAGUUAAAGACUCAACUGAUUCAUGAACAAGAACUGUAUCCAAAAUCACAAAAACGGGGAAGGAUGCAACCAAUGUCUUCUAGUUUUGGAUCUACUGGCAAGACCAAAGGUCCUAUGGAUUGUUACUUCUCGCAAAAAUCCGGAGAUAAGGAAGAAAAAAAUGGUAAUCCUCAAAUUGAUGCCAAAACGAUUUUGAGGGAUCGUGCAAUUAUAAUGUUUGCGCGGUGGAUGUAUGAUGCAGGUCUUCUUUUUAAUUGUGUUAAUUAUACUGACACUUUUUCUGCUUUUAUUGAGGCUGUAGGCCAAUAUGGUCCAGGAAUAAAGCCUCCAACAUAUCAUGAAGUUAGAGGGCCAUAUCUAAAAAAAGAGGUAGCAGAGGUGAACAAAAUCGUGGAGGAGCACAAAGUAGAAUGGAACAAGUUUGGUUGUUCCAUUAUGAUGGAUAAGUGGACGGCGAGAAAUGGAAAAAUGAUCAUCAAUAUCUUGGUGAAUUCUCCUAAGGGAAGCCUGUUUCUUGAGUCCGUUGAUGCAAGCGACUCUUCGACUGAUUCAACCAAAAUGUACUCCUUGUUCAAGAGUACAAUAGACUCUAUUGGAGCAGAAAAUGUUGUUCAAGUUGUCACGGACAACGCCAGUGAAAAUGUUAAAGCUGGCGAUUUGAUGUCUGCUGGGUACCCGCAUAUUUAUUGGACUCCGUGUGCAGCACAUUCCAUUAAUUUGAUCUUCGGUGACAUUUUCAAGGAAAGACCNAAGAAAAUAUUGUUCAAGUUGUCACGGAAAAUGCCAGUAAAAAUGUUAAAGCUGGCGAUUUGA